AUGUACCGCGUGUGGCGCGCGCACGUGGGGUCCGUGGGCAUUUUGGUCGCCCGGGCCCGCCACUUCACAGCCGGGGCGGCAGGACCACCGCCGCCGCCGGGCGCCCUCCCAGCGCGCCUGGGCGUCGUCCACUUCAACUCCCGAAACAUAAACGACGAGAUGUCGUCAAAAGUCCCGUUAUUUCUCUACUUUCACGUGACAAACAAUUCGGAGGUUGCGGCGUAUACCGAGCGGCUUAGCGUGCAGGUGGAUGCGGCGAAUCACCGCCUGCGGGGUAGCGGCAUUGCCGACAAGUACCAGGAGUUCGGCAAAGAUCGCGGCCUCGCCAUAAAGUUGGGUCUCGUCGACUGCCUCAGGGAGGCGGGGCUGACGGAAAAGUUUAGUGUUGACCCGCACAUGUUUCCGAUUGUGUACUUUGUACGCAACAAGGUCUAUGCCGACAAGAUGGUGGGAAUAGUCCCCGAGUCGCAGGUGAAGGAGGCGAUUGACGCGUUUAUCGACUACGCCAUAGAGGAGAGCAAAAAUGAGAUGAGUGGUACAUCUGUUUUUCAAAAGGUGCAGCGCAGCGACGAGGACGACGAGAACGCCAUGACACUGCUAAAUGCUGCCCACACCCGGUUGAAAAACAAGGAAAUUCCCAAGGCCCGUGAGCUCUUUAAAAAGGCGUAUGACAUGGCUACGAGAGAGACGCAAGCCGCACGUGAACGGCUGGGCUUUGCGAAGGAAAAAAAGGUUACAAGAGACAUGUGGGAACGUCUGAAGCGUGAGGGCUGCUAUAACGUUAGUCCCCAGGCACUUUGUGGUCUCGCCAUGUGUGCCAUGGUUUCAAAAGACGCCGCAGAAGCGCAGCGCAUCGUGCAGCAGGUGCGCGAGGAGUUUCCUUUCGCAACAAGAGACCUGCGUGAUGUGGCGGAGGCGGUGGUUCGCAUCGAGUUGCUGAUUAUUGCUGACUUUGAUGUGGAAAAGGACAACUACGUCUCGCUGCUCACGUACGACGACCUCACACACGACCCUGCCGCGUUGUAUCGCCAGCAUCUCAAGCUGGCCGUGGCACAUUUUGUGGAAAAGCGCCACCACAAGGGCAUUGAAGAAUGUCUGCGGCUCAUUCGUGCCGAGCCCAAGUUACUGCCCGCGCUAAAGGCGGCAGGGGUGGUUCCAGAGGGACUUGUGCUGGGACCACACGCCAAAACGCCUGCGCGACAAGUCAUUCUCGGCAUAUUUGAGGCUCUCGGCAACACCAACGAGCACACCAUCAUGGGGCGACAAAUGUUACAGACGUACUUGUAG